GAACUAGAGCACAACAUGUUGGAGACCAUAGCCAGGCUGUUCCCUUCAGAGUUAACUUUUUAAUCCAGGUUUUGUUGCGUUAUCACACACAAGGGAAGGAGGCGGAGGAGGUCGGGGAGAGAAAGGGGGCUAAAAAGUCAGUCAUGGUAUGAGGUUAGCGUGAAAUCCGGAGCGUCCACUUGCAACAGAAGCCCGUUGAUAUUUAACUGUGAGAAGAAGGAGGAGAAGGAGGAGAAGAAGAAGAAGAAGAAGAAGAAAAAGAAUCAUCAGAAAAGAAGAAAUAAGAAAGAAGAAGAAGAAGAAGAAGAAGAAGAAGAAGAAGAAGAAGAAGAAGAAGAAGAAGAAGAAGAAGAAGAAGAAGAGGGAAAAGGGAAGAAAAAAGCGGGGUACAAGAUGCAGCUGGCCGCGGUGCUGUGGGGCUCCCUGAUAACUUUGCUUCUGAGCCAGAGUCCAGGCGUCCACGGCAGCGCUGAGUGUUCGUGCGGACGGAGCCACUUCACAUGUGCGGUCAGUGCGUUUGGCGAGUGUACCUGCAUCCCGGCCCAGUGGCAGUGUGACGGAGACAACGACUGCGGGGACCACAGUGACGAGGACGGAUGCAUGCUUCCCACCUGCUCGCCGCUGGACUUCCACUGCGACAACGGCAAAUGUAUCCGCCGCUCCUGGGUGUGUGACGGGGACAACGACUGCGAGGACGACUCCGACGAGCAGGACUGUCCUCCCAGAGAGUGUGAGGAAGACGAGUUUCAAUGCCAAAAUGGCUACUGUAUUCGCAGCCUGUGGCACUGUGAUGGCGACAACGAUUGCGGGGACAACAGUGACGAACAGUGUGACAUGCGUAAAUGUUCGGAUAAGGAGUUCCGCUGCACAGAUGGCAGCUGCAUCGCGGAGCACUGGUACUGUGACGGAGACACGGACUGUAAGGACGGAUCAGAUGAGGAAAACUGUCCCUCAGAUGUGAUGGCAGCCACCUGCAGUGUGGAGGAGUUCCAGUGUGCAUACGGCCGCUGUAUCCUGGACAUCUACCACUGUGACGGAGACGACGACUGCGGAGACUGGUCAGACGAGUCGGACUGCUCUUCCCACCAGCCCUGCAGAUCAGUGGAAUUCAUGUGCAGCAGCGGGAUGUGCAUCAACGCUGGCUGGAGGUGUGACGGCGAAUACGACUGUGACGACCAAUCAGACGAGAAGAACUGCACCACGUCCAUGUGCACGGCCGACCAGUUCCGCUGUGGGACUGGACGCUGCGUACGGUUGUCAUGGCGAUGUGAUGGCGAGCCUGACUGCUCCGACCGCAGUGAUGAAGAGGGCUGUGAGAAGACGGAGAGUCCUCCAUGUGCUCCUGAUCAGUUCCAGUGUGGUAAUGGACGCUGCAUCGGUCAGAGGAAGGUGUGUAACGAGGUCAACGACUGCGGAGACGGGACUGACGAACACCCGCACCAUGACUGCCGUCCACGUUCCAGCGAGGGCAACUGUAACCAGAAUAACGGAGGCUGCUCCCAGAAGUGUCAGAUGGUCAGAGGCCUGGUCCAGUGCACCUGUCACACCGGAUACCGACUGAUGGACGACGGCAGAGCCUGCCAGGAUGUGGAUGAGUGUGCUGAAGAAGGCUACUGCAGCCAGGGCUGUACCAACGCAGAGGGGGGGUUCCAGUGCUGGUGCGUUCAGGGCUACGAGCUCCGACCUGACAAACGCAGCUGCAAAGCUCUGGGUCCGGAGCCUGUGCUGCUGUUCGCCAACCGCAUCGACAUCCGUCAGGUUCUGCCGCAUCGCUCCGAGUACACCCUGCUGCUCAACAACCUGGAGAACGCCAUCGCCCUGGACUUCCACCACGCACAAGAGCAGGUCUACUGGUCUGACGUGACGCUGGACCGCAUCAUGAAGGCCAACCUCAACGGCUCCAACGUGGAAGAGGUGGUCUCCACCGGUCUGGAGAGCCCAGGUGGACUAGCCAUAGACUGGAUCCAUGACAAGUUGUACUGGACAGACUCGGGGACGUCCCGUAUCGAAGUGGCCAACCUGGACGGGACGCACCGCAAAGUGCUGCUGUGGCAGAACAUGGAGAAGCCCCGAGCCAUCGCGCUGCACCCCAUAGAGGGUAAGAUCUACUGGACAGACUGGGGCAACACACCUCGCAUUGAGUACUCCAACAUGGACGGCUCCAACAGGCGGGUCAUCGCAGACACACACCUGUUCUGGCCCAACGGCCUCACCAUCGACUACGCCGGCCACCGCAUGUACUGGGUGGACGCAAAGCACCACGUCAUCGAGAGGGCCGACCUGGACGGACGCAACCGCAAGGCCGUCAUCAGCCAAGGCCUGCCCCAUCCGUUUGCCAUCACUGUGUUUGAGGACAGCCUAUACUGGACAGACUGGCACACCAAAAGCAUCAACAGUGCCAAUAAAUUCACCGGCAAGAACCAGGAGAUCAUUCGCAACAAGCUGCACUUUCCCAUGGACAUCCACACCCUGCACCCCCAGAGGCAGCCUGCAGGUGGCAGGAACCGCUGUGGCACCAACAACGGGGGCUGCAGCCACCUGUGUCUCCCCAGCAACAAGACCCACACCUGCGCCUGUCCCACCGGCUUCAAGAAGGUGGACCACUCCAACUGUGCAAGCGGUCUUGACAAGUUCCUGCUUUUUGCCCGAAGGACGGACAUCCGACGAAUCAGCUUUGAUACAGAGGACAUGUCCGAUGAUGUCAUCCCUCUGGCUGACGUGCGUAAUGCCGUGGCUCUGGACUGGGACGCCAAAGACGGCUACAUCUACUGGACAGACGUCACCACAGACUCCAUCAACAGAGCGCUGUGGAACGGCACCAAGCAGGAGGUGGUGGUGGACACCAGUCUGGAGAGCCCAGCAGGUUUGGCGAUUGACUGGGUGACCCACAAGCUCUACUGGACCGACGCUGGUACGGAUCGUAUCGAGGUGUCUAACGCAGAUGGGAGCAUGCGGACUGUGUUGAUAUGGGAGAACCUGGACCGGCCCAGGGAUAUCGUCGUCGACCCGAUUGGAGGUUUCAUGUACUGGACCGACUGGGGGGCCAACCCAAAGAUCGAGCGUGCAGGAAUGGACGCCUCUAAUCGGACUGUCAUCAUCUCGUCUAAUCUGACGUGGCCCAACGGGCUCGCCAUCGACUACGAGACACAACGCCUGUACUGGGCAGACGCUGGCAUGAAGACCAUUGAAUUUGGCAACUUUGAUGGUUCCGAUCGACAGGUUUUGAUUGGCAGCCAGCUGCCCCACCCUUUCGGCCUCACUGUGCACGAGGACAAGCUGUACUGGACGGACUGGCAGUCAAAGAGCAUCCAGAGCGCGGACAAGCUCACCGGAUUGGGAAGACACACGUUCGCAGAAAACCUGGAGAACCUCAUGGACAUCCACAUGUUCCACAGACACCGGGAGACAGUUCGUAACCCGUGUGCAGAGAACAAUGGAGGCUGCAGCCACCUCUGUCUCCUGGCCCCUGCUCCCAAAGCCUCCAGCUGUGCCUGUCCCACCGGCAUCAACCUGCAGACGGAUGGAAAGACUUGCACGCCUGGGAUGAGCAGCUUCCUGAUCUUUGCCCGGAGGACAGACAUCAGGAUGGUCUCUUUGGACAUCCCCUACUUUGCUGAUGUGGUCCUGGCCGUCAAUAGCUCCAUGAAAAACACCAUCGCCAUCGGGGUCGACCCCAAAGAAGGAAAAGUGUAUUGGUCUGACAGCACACUGAAGAAAAUCAGCAGAUCCUACAUCAACGGAAAAUCACAAGAGGACAUCGUAUCCACAGGCUUGGUGACCACCGAUGGCCUGGCGGUGGAUGCUGUUGGGAGGAAGAUCUACUGGACAGACACAGGAACUAACCGCAUCGAGGUCGCCAACCUGGAUGGCUCCAUGAGGAAAGUUCUCGUCUGGGAAAACCUGGACAGCCCUCGAGCCAUCGCCCUCUACAAUGAGAUGGGGUAUAUGUACUGGACAGACUGGGGAGAGCAUGCUAAGCUGGAGCGCUCUGGGAUGGAUGGUUCCGACCGCACUGUCCUCAUCAGCAACAACCUGGGCUGGCCCAACGGCCUGGCCAUCGACACGGCCGGCUCCCAGCUUCUGUGGGCCGACGCUCACACUGAGCGCAUCGAGGCAGCCGACCUGAACGGGCAGAACCGCCACACCCUGAUCACCCCGGUCCAGCACCCAUACGGUUUGACCCUGCUGGGCUCUCACAUCUACUGGACCGACUGGCAGAGCCGCAGCAUCCAGAGAGCUGACAAGAACACAGGGACCAACACCAUCACCGUGCAGGCCAACCUGCCGGGCCUGAUGGACAUCCAGGCUGUGGACAGGGAGAGGCCUCUGGGUUUUAAUAAGUGUGGCAGGAAGAACGGAGGCUGCACCCACCUGUGCCUGUCUCGCCCCAACGGGACGUCCUGCGCCUGUCCCACUGGAAUCCUGCUCAAAGGUGACAGCAAGUCGUGUGAGGACUCCCCGGAGUCCUACCUGCUUUUCUCCAACCGUGUCAGUGUGCGCAGGAUCUCCCUCGACACCAACGACCACACCGACGUGCACGUGCCGGUGCCCGAGCUGCACAACGUCAUCUCACUGGAUUACGACAGCGUGGACGCAAAACUUUACUACACCGAUGUCACCCUGGAUGUUAUAAGGCGUGCAAACUUAGACGGCACCGGCAUGGAGACGGUUAUCAGCCAGGGUCUGAAGACCACGGAUGGGCUGGCUGUAGACUGGGUGUCCAGGAACAUGUACUGGACCGACACCGGGCGCAACACCAUCGAAGUGGCCCACCUGGACGGAACAAGCCGCAAAGUCCUGGUCAACAACAGUUUGGAUGAACCGCGAGCCAUCGCAGUGUUCCCGAGCAAAGGGUACCUCUUCUGGACUGACUGGGGUCACAUUGCAAAGAUUGAGCGAUCCCACCUGGACGGCUCUGACAGAAAGGUUCUGAUCAACACUGACCUCGGCUGGCCCAACGGACUCACACUGGACUACGACACACGAAGGAUCUUCUGGGUGGACGCCCACUUGGACAGGAUCGAGAGUUCGGACCUGAACGGGAAGCUGCGGCAGAUCCUCGUCAGCCCGGUGUCCCACCCGUUUGCCCUCACGCAGUUGAAGCCGGUGUCCUCCCCUCUAACUCCUUUCUCCCGACUCUCGCAGCAAGACCGCUGGAUCUACUGGACGGAUUGGCAGACUAAGUCCAUCCAGCGGGUGGACAAACACACGGGCCGCAACAAGGAAACUGUGCUGAACAACGUGGAGGGCCUCAUGGACAUUAUAGUGGUAUCACCUCACAGACAGACAGGUACUAAUCUCUGUGGAGUAAAUAAUGGCGGCUGCACUCACCUCUGCUUCGCCAAGACCAACAGUUUUGUGUGCGCCUGCCCCGAUGAGCCAGACGGGCGACCCUGCUCCACCAUUUCAGGUUACGUCCCCACCGCUCCGGCCAGAGGAACCAGCAGCACUCCUGUCCCCAACAAGAUCUCCAAAUCUACAACCGACGUUCCACAUGGAGGAGCCUCAGCGGUCAACUGCACUGACAAGAACCUAAACGUAGAGGGGUGUGUGAACAGCGUGGUGACGGCUCCUCACGGAGAAGGACUUCAUAUCAGCUAUGUGAUUGGUGGAGUUCUGACCAUCCUGGCUAUUUUGAUCCUCAUCGCUGCUUUGAUUAUUUACAGACAUAAAAAGUCGAAGUUUGCCGACCCGGGAGUGAGCAACUUGACCUACAGUAACCCCUCGUAUCGUACAUCGACACAAGAGGUCAAGAUUGAGGCGUCGCAAAAGCCUCCGAUAUACAACCAGCUGCGAUAUAAGAAAGAGGGGGGAGUGGACGGAGGCUACACCAAGGAGAAGAUCCGCAUAGUGGAGGGCGUGUGUCUCCUGUCCAAUGAGGAGCUUUACUGGGACGACCUUAAACAGAUCAAGCCGUCCCGAGGCGGCCUGCACACCUGCAUGCGCACCGACACCGUGUCCCUGCAGGCCAGCAGCGCCUCGCUAGACGACGGCGAAACGGAGCAGCUCCUCCAGGAGGAAGCGUCCGAAUGCUCCUCCAUAACCACCCUGACCCCUUCAGCCAUCACCCCGCAGCGCCACUCCCAGCACAGCCUGCCCGACACCGGCUGGGUCUCCACACGCAAGCCCUCCACCGAGAGCGAAGUGUGAGGAGCCCUCUGUGCUUCAUCUCAACCUCCAUUUCCUAACACACUCAUACACACACCUGUAUUUAUAGCUGGUACACAGAUAAAUAGGUACAAACACAGUAACAGUAGCAUACGUAGAGUUAAGGUACAAAUGAACUGGUUACACACAACUAAGCUCCCGAAAAACAACAACUCCUGUCUCUGUAUCUGGGGCUCCGUCCUACUUGUACUCUCUCACACACACACACACACACACACACACACACACGUGCAGUACAGUGCCCUACCCUGAGUGCUACUGCCUUCAGGCGAAAUGAUAAACUAAUGAGCAUGCUGGAAAAAGCAACUGAGGAGGACGUGAACAGAGAGACACAAGCGUACUCUGGAGCCUUUUUUAAGGAUGCAGACUCUCAAUGCGACAAACGCUUCUCUGUGUACAAUUUUUUAUUUUUGUGAACUUUUUAUUUUUCGGGAUAAAGCUAGAACAACAUACUCCCUGGACGACGUAACCGCGAUGCUCUCUCUAAUGCCACUCAUGUCUUUAUGAACUCUAUUUAUGAACGUUUUUGUACUUGUGGAGUUGGUUUGCUGACUUUCAGAAGAUGCCCAGAGUGUUUUUGUUAGAACCCGGGUAUUCAAGAGUUGUAUUUAUGUCAGUGCCAAAGGGUGGGGCUUUACAGAGUCUCCAUGCUUCUUUCAGCAUUUACACUUCAAUAGGAAUCUUAAUGACAGGAUAUUUCUCUCCUUUGACUUUACCGACUGGCCCUCAGUGUUGAUUCCUUAUUGUACAGCCUCCAACAGGUCGAGUAAGGAUGUUUUGAAGCUGGUUCUUUCAGCUGGCUGCAGAAGUCCAUUCAACAUUAGCUUAAUUAGCCUGAAAACAGCCUUUUAUUUCUUUCUUUUUAAUUAUAAUUCAAAUAUUGCUGAUCCUCGGGCAUAGCAGAGGAAGCCAAGAUGAAGUAACAGCCUAAGUGCCAAACAUUUCGUUCUUAUUCCCCUUUAAGCUGUAACAUAUUUUUUCUCACAGGUUUGUGACAUACUUUUUUACUUCUUCGGUCCCAAUGACAAAAACCUUUCCUCACAACUAGUGUUCUUUAGCCAUGCAGAUAGUUGUGGUUUUAUUUACCACUAGUUUUUUUUAACUACUUUCGCAAUCCUCAUCAGCUGUUAAUUGAAUUGGUCUUUUUAUGACAAUUUGGGACACGUUCCUGGUAAAAAAAAGAUAUAAAGGAUUAUCUACAACAGCACUUACUCUUAGAAUUUGAAGCUCUUUAAUAACAACACAUUACUAUCGCUAAAUAGAAACAUAUCUCCCUUAAAUGUGUGUGUGUGUCAUCGUUAAUGUUCCCUUCUCAAUCCCAUAUUAUCAACAUAUGUCAUUUUACCAACCUAUUCAUUGUAAUAUAAGCUUCCUAAAUAAGAAUGUAUGUGCCAUUCUGCACUCCUUGUCGAUUUUAAUACCUUCCUUUUUUACCUGAAAACGGCCUAGGGCUUGUAUGAAAUUCGGUUUAUUUUGAAAGUCUAUUACAAAACAUUACUUUAUAAUGUUUAAAUCCCUUUUAAAAUAAUGUAAAUAUAAACUGAACAUCAUCUUCUCUGUUGAGAAAGAUGAUGUUGUAUGUUUAGAUUUUAAGAAAUGUGCAUCAGUACACAUAAAUGUAACUUUUUCAAAUUGAGUUUUCUUACUUCUGGAACAUAAUCACACACAUUCUAUUGGCUCUCUCUUUUUUGGGGUAAGGGGAGAUUAAAUAUGUGGAAAUUAAAACAAAAUAAACCUGGCUCACACAACCAAAAGUAUCUGCAUGGCCAAUCGCUAGAGAACAUUUAUUGUUUUAAUAACUUCAGUUUUGCUUCAACAACUCUAGAGCUGUAAUGCAGAGGUGUACUUGCAAUGUCUGCCACAGUACAGUAUAACACAUACAUGUAUGUAACUUAGGAACACUGUGCAUGUCUGACCCCAUCAGACAGUGAGGGUUAUAGUUUAGAAAUGUAUCACUGACAACUUACUGAAAAAUGAAUUUAAUACAAUAUAUUAUGCAUUGCUUUAACUUUAGAGUACCAUUCUGUCUGUUGUUGAGUUAUGGUACAAGGAAAUACUAUAUUGACAAAUAUAUCGGUUAGUUUAUAGAACCAUGUAUUUUGAAGUAUCUGCUACAAGCUCAGCAACCUGCUGAUUUGCUGCUAGACGAGCACUGAGGCCAAUGAGAGAGGGUCUUGGCAGCUACAUAACUACGAUCUCUGACGGUUGGUUGAAGCGAGGCCUACAGAGCAUCACAGCGACCUAGUAACCAAUCACCCGGCUCACAGUCCCUCCAACUCUGCUGCAGGAAUGCUAAAACUGUACAGAUUUUAUCAUGCGGAUAUAAGCAAACAUUUCUGUUGAAGAUAUUGUGUUGAUUAAGUUGUAUAGUCUUUUGUACAAAGGGAUUUCAUGAUCGUUUUUAGACUUGUAUUAAUUUUACUCACUGGAGAAGAACAUUUUUUUUUGUUUCGCUGGAUUAUUUUAACCACUGUGUUUCCAAGCCUUGUAAAUGAUAGGGAAGAUGCCAGUUAUUUAAUAGUGCUCUUUUAUCUUCUGAAAUACUGGUUGCGUAUAGCUGUUGUAAAGUUAACAAAAAGAGGUAUUUAUGAUUUCUGUUUGGUUGUCACUUGAUGUGUAAAUAUGAAAAGACUGUAUAUGUAUUUCCAUGGCAGUACUAACAAGCUGUGUUGUGUGAUAUAGUGAAUGGUCCCUUUGCUAUCUUUUAAUAUAAAAUUGCAUUUGCAUUUCAAUGAAA